GGUCAGAAAAAAAUAAAGAUGGACGACACGAGUGUCUGUACUCUGCUAAGUGCGCAGUCAGACGCCCAACAUUACAUUACCAGUACACCUAACGCGGCUUCUGUCACAGAUGCUGAUAAAGUAAUAAACACUAAAAUAGCUAGUACCCAAGUUGAAGGAGACACGAGUGAAGAGGAGCUACUUAAGGGUCUCCUCACCGACAGUUACUGCCAUGUCUGCGAAGCUGUGCUGCUGUUUGAAUCUCAGCGACUCUCCCACUAUGAGGGAAAGAAACAUGCUCAGAAACUCAAGGUUUACCUGCAGACCAGAAAAGAAGAGAAGAUGAACAAAGCACCACAGAAAGCCAUGACUACUGAUAAGGACCGCUUCUGUGAGCUGUGUAACAUGGUGUUCAGUUCACAAGUGGUGGCAAGGUCACACUAUGAAGGCAAAGUCCAUACAAAAAAUCUCCGUAAACAAGGUCUUCGUCCACCAGACAAAGGCAUGGGAGUGUGUUCUUCACCGAGUCUCAUUCAGGACCCUGAUCAUUCUGACCAGAUGUCAUCCUCAGAGGGUGGUAUAGGGCUUCUUCUGGACCCUGCAGGCACCACGGCAACCCAGAGCACAGAGGCUGAUCUGAAGGAUCCUAACAAGCACUGUUCCCUUUGUGCCUCCUCUUUCAACACGCCCCAGAUGGCCGCGCAGCAUUACAACGGACGCAAACAUCAGAGAAACCAAGCCAGGCAGGAGCUGCUCAAAGAGCUAGGAGACGGUGUCCAGCAAGGUGACUCUCUCAUGUGUCAAAUGUGUAGCGUGCAGUUCAACUCUGUGGAGAUGUACCAGGCCCACAUGCAGGGGAGCAAACACCAGAUCAAGGAGAAGAAGGUCGUUGACCUGUGCAAAUCCCAACAAAAAGUCUACACUACAUUUUCUGAUGAACUGGCCGAUUACAUUCAGGUCCAGCAGGCUCGUGGAAUCAAGACCAGUCAAGUGCUCCCUCAGCGUGACACACAGGAGAACGAAGAGGGCGACGAAGGACAGAAAGCAUUAAACACGGGGGAUGCGAAAGAAUGGUAUAAACCCGUGUCCGGCCUCCCUCCCACGUCAAAGCCUCUUAAUCCCUCCCGCCCUGGUUCUUACAACCCAGCUGAAACAUGGCGUCCUUCGUAUCCGGGCCCACCGCGGCCGUCGUACGGCUGGAACUACAACCUCCCUCUUCCGGUCCUCCCGUCCUCAGGUUCUCCCCAGGUCGCUGGUCACCAAAAAAGGGGGAGGCACAGACGAGAGUCGAGCUCCUCCUCGUACACUACCUCAUCCUCUUCCUCCUCGUAUUCCUCCUGCAGCAGCAGCACAAGUGACAGCGGCGACAGUGAAUGUAGGCUCAGAGAAAAGAAGAGGAAAAGGAAGUCCAGGAAGGACAGAGGCAGGAGGGGAAGAGACGAGGAGUCAGAGGAGGAAUGGAAGAAGGGGAGGAAGCGCCAGAGGAGAGAAAGAGACAAGGACUCAGAGGAGAGGAGAAGAGAGCAAUCUGUGGAGUCAGGAGAGGAGGGGAGGAGGAAAGGACUAAAAAAUCAUGGCAAGCGGAGACGGAAAGAAAAGAAAUCCCAGGAGAACUUUGAGAUGGAAAGAGGUGAAAGGGUGUCAGUGAAAUUAAAGCCGCAAGACACGACGGAGAACAGAAAAGAGACUGAACUGCAGGUCGGCGAUGGACUCGAUGUUGAGCAAAGGGAGGGUGGAGAUGAAGAGUCGGCCAAAACCAAACACAGGAAGGAGAAGAAGAAAGUGAAAGACAAAGUAGACACAAGGACAGAAGAGGAGAAGCUUUGGGAUGACUCCAUUCUCGGUUGUUAAACUAGUCUUGUUGACUGCUGACAGCUUUUCAGACAAGUCAUCACAAGUAUGAUGCUGAAAUUUUCAAAAAAAAAAAAAAAUGACAUGUAUUUUAAAAUGAUUGAAAUAUUAAACGUCUGAGUGUACUCUGUAGGUGUGCUAGCUGGCUAGUAUGUUCAGCCUUUGUAUGGCUCUCCGAUUGAUUCCAUGUGUGUGUCUAGUUGUGUUUCCCAUCAUGUGAAAUGAUCUGUGAAGUCCUCUCUGCGACUCAACACAUCAGGACGUUAAAUUAUUUCGAUAAUGAAUGUGUGCUUCUCUCAAGGAUUCGCCUGCGGUUCCUUCAGCAGCCUGCGGUUGGCACUGUUGUGCUUUUUUCAGAGCGCCAGUACAGCAAAUAAAUACCCAUAAAUGUUA